UUUCAGUUUACAAUUCCAUCUCAAGUUUACAUCGAGAGAGUGGAGCCUGUGUUAGGUCGGCCCGGAGUUGGCAAUGUGGAAUAAGCCACCGGCGAUAGAGCCAAACUCAAUUCUGCAACUUCCAGAUGACUUAGUAUUGAGUUGCUUAGCCCACGUCCCGAGAUUGCACUACCCCAUUCUCUCACUCGUCUCCAAGACCUUUCGAUCUCUCACUUCUUCACCGGAGCUUUACCAGACCCGUUAUCUCUUAAACCGCACAGAGGGGUGUCCUUACGUGUGCUUGCAGUUCCCUUCAGAGCCUAACCUUCGUUGGUUCACUCUCUGUCGGAAACCAGACAAAACCCUUAACAAGAAGAAGACAGAGUCAUCAAGUGGGCAUGUUUUGGCUGAGGUUCAGAUUCACAACUCUCCUCCCGUUGAAUGGUCAGAUCUCGUAGCUGUUGGUCAUAGGCUAUACGCCAUAAACAAAGAAGAUGAUGUCUCUUGCUGUUCUUCUAACGUCUUCUUCCUCGACUGCCGAACGCACACGUGGGUCGAAACUCCAAGCUUGCGGUUUGCUCAGACCAAGCGGAAGUUGGAUGGGAUGAUGUAUUUAGCAGGAAGCAACGAGAAUCCAGAUUCUUUGAACUGUCUUGAAGUGUUCAACACAGAGACACAAACUUGGAAGCCCGUGCCUGAGGAGAAGAGAAUAUUCAGAGACACAGAUUUCAAAGGAAAUGUUUACAAGAACCUUGAUCGAACGUCUGGCGAGAGAGUUUCUUUGGUUGUAAACCUAAAGGAUUCUACAACCGACUUUGUAGGGUCUGGUACUAUAUGUGUAAUAGAGAAAAGAUUCUAUUUGUAUCUAUCCACUGGAGUGUUUCUUUGGUCUAACACUGAGUUUAAAUCAUUUGGUUUGAAGAAAGUACAAGGUUUGGAAGGACUGCCUAAGUUUGGCCUUCAUAGCAAUGUUAAAUUGGUUGAUUGUGGUGGUAAGUUGGUGGUGUUUUGGGAUGAGUAUGUGCCUGCACCUAGUGCGUAUAAGGAGAAGAUGAUUUGGUGUGCAGAGAUCUCGCUGGAAAUACGCAGCAGUGAAGAGGUUUGGGGAAACGUUGAGUGGUUCGAUGCUGUGUUUAAAGUACCCAAGUCUUAUAGAUUCGUGUAUGCUACUGCUGCUACCGUUUGAUUAACGACUCAUGAGACAGGUUUAAGGGAAUGAAUCAGGUUAUUUUUUUCUUAGUAUUUAGUAUGUCCUGAAUCUUGGAGAUUAGGCUACUCUUUGAUGAAUGACUCAUGAGACAAGCGGCUUCGUCUUGUAGUGGUUUACUUUCUUUUGUAUGUGACUGAUGUGCGCGUUUGUCUUGUGCUUGCAGCGGUCCAGUGGACAAUGGUUCACUUCUAACCUAUGCAUUCACUUUUAGCUUUUUGUCUUUGAAAUUAUUUUUACACAACAAUGAGAAUAGUAAUAGUCUCAUUUUCCGUCACUCAGCUACUUUUAAGUUGUCACAACUUGCUGUCUAGCUAAUUGCCUCCAACAAAACUAAGA